CGGAAAGUGUUGCGAAAGAAACCUGUGUAGCGGAUAUAAGUAAAAUUUAAAUGACCGAAAAGGAUACCGCGUCAAUGACAACCGUCCAAAUGAAGGCCGACUAUGCCGCUAGCGAGGUCUAUAGCACCGCUAGUGAGCCACCACCGCUGGGAUUUUUUAAUUUUAAUCCUCCACAGGCUUACAAACGCCAAUCGAAUUCAGUGAAAAUUGCCAAAAUCACUGCAUUCACCAUCAUCGUGUCUUCCUUCAUAUUGGGCGCCUUCAUUUUGGCUUCGUCUUAUUUGCAAGCCAAGGCAUCAUGUGAUCAAGUACAGGCUCUUGAUUCUGUUCUGGAAAAGGAAUUGAUGUUGGAAACAUUGCAACAAGUCAAUAAGGAACUUCCACGUGCUGAAGCUCUAUUGGGCCGUGAAAAUGACAACGAUGAUGAUUUGCAAAAUCUCAAAAAGAUCGAAGCCUCAUCAAAGGCUGAAAGCAAACCUGAAAAGGCAUCUGUCCCCGCCCCAUCAGAGGAAGAAUUCAACAUGAACAAAGUCAAUAGCGACAGCGAAGAAGCUGAAGUUAUGCAAAAGUACCCCGGCAAAAUUCCUUUGGAAUUGGACUUAAGCGACUUGGCUGCUGCAUUAUUGCAAAACAAUAAGAAGUCCCGCAUGAACUGUGUUGUCGAACGUAAACAUGCCGAGGAACUUGUUGAUACACCCUCCAAAACAGUUGCCCUGCCCUUCGGAAUGAAUUUGACCACCGAACCCAAAAAGGCACGCAUUACCGGUGAACGCAUUUCGAUUUUCUGUGAAGGUGGCAACGAAAAUAAGGAUCAAGACUCCUCCAAGAGUUCUCGCAAUGAAGAUGACGAUGAAAAUAACGAAGAUGAAAUUGAAUCAAUUCGUCCUAUGUUCUUCCCAUACCAACGUGUACCAAUUCCAUUCGGGCCCAUUCCCAAUCGUUUCCCCUUAACCCAUAUGCCACAACGUAUGGAACCAAUGAUGCAACGUCACCAACCCGAGCAGUUGCCUGGUUUCUUGCGUCAGAUGCCUCCACCACCACCACCAUUCCAACAAUUGCCCAUGCGUCCUCCCAUGCCACCACAAGUAAUGCAAGCUCCCCACCCAGAACCCCAACGCAUUCUGCGCAUCCAAGUCCACCAAAUUCCAUUGAGAGAACUUAUCCAUGUUGCCGAUGAUGUGCCUCAGCAAAUCCAAACCCAACAGGUACCUCAACAAGCUCCUUUACCUCAGCAACCACCUCAACCUCAGCAACAACAACCUCAGCCACAACAAAAUCAACCUCAACAAAUGCAACAACAACCACAACGUCCUGAAAUGCCAUUCUUCCAAAUCCAACGUAUGCCCUUAGAUUUGGCCUUGGAACGUGCCGGUAUUACUGCUGAAGAUUUGGCCAAUAUUCAACGUAUGACUGAAGACCGCAUCAACGAAGAAUUCCGCCGUUUGGCCAUUGAUUCCGAGGAGGAAGACAACAGCAACAGUUCAGAAGAUGAUGAUGAGCCUCAGAUGCCCAUGGCUGGCAAUAACAACAGUGAACAAGAAAAAUCUCAACAACAAGAAAGCCAACAAUCCGAACAGGAAUCUGAACAACAACAACGUCAAGCUCGGAUGCAAGCUAUGCCCAUCCAAAGACUCAUUUUGCAACCUUUGCCCGAACAACCCCGUGAUACUAUGACACCACCCAUGCCUGAUCGCCGUAUGCCAAUCGGUCAUCCCGGUUGGGGUCGUAGCUUAGCUCAACCCGUUAGUAUUCCCGUGCCAAUGAUGGAUGCUCAAAACGAUAUGUCUGGUCAUGAUGAUCAAUCAUCUUCCUCUUCGGCUGCUGAUGAAUCGGAAAGACCACAUUUUGUCCACCCACGUUCCGUUUAAGAAUCUGGUUGUAUUAAAUCAUCUGUGAUGUUUCGCUGCUAAAUCUAACAAAA